AAUCCCAUUUCACAAACUGAAAAAAGAGGAUGAGGAACCUCUACCUCACCGUACCCCAUCAUCUACAGCCCACUAAUACCUUACUGCAAUGGCCUCUCUACUACCAUUCUCCCUCCUCAAACCCAUUACAAUCUGCAAAGCCUCAUCAUCUCCAGCAAUAGCAACCUCACCUUCUGCUCUAGUCGAGUCUCUCAACGACGAGUUUGGACGGAAAGGCAUUAAAUUCUUAGAAACAACUGAUACAAGUACAAACAUUAACACUCCCAUUGUUGAACUAAGUGUUAGAAAUGGUAGCUCAUUAAGGCUGCAAUUAUCCAAUGCUCAUGUCACCUCAUAUAAGCCUAAAGUGUACUGGAAAGAUGAUGGUUUUGAAGAAGUUUUGUACACUCUUCCACAGUCUAAAGGUGGCAUUGGCUUAGUUCUUAAUGAUGUGACUCAACCACUUGUGGCUGCUACACAGAAGAAAUCUGACCCUUUUAGAAGGUCUGAACCUGCUGCUGUUGCCAAAGGGUCUGUUCUUGCAGGAGUUGAGUGGUCUGUCAAAGAUGUUGAUUCUGAUUCUUUUGAUGCUGUCCAGGUGGAAUUGAGUUGCACCAGUGGAACUCUUGACAUAACAUAUGUAGUUUCUCUGUAUCCUGAAAGCAUGGCAUCUGCAGUUCUAGUACAGAACAACGGCCGUAAGGCAUUGGAUCUAACAAGUGCAAUGCUUAGCCAUAUCAAAUUUAAAAAACGAGCAGGCUCAGGAAUACAAGGAUUGCAGGGUUGUUCUUAUUGUUCCCAGCCUCCUUUAUCGUCACCCUUUGAGAUAAUAUCUCCUGGUGAAGCCAUGAAAGCUGAUGAUCCUGGCUUGUUUUCAUUCAGUUCCGAGUCUCCUAGCAAGCUUGGUGAAUGGAUCACACAAGACGAGCCUAUUAUCAUUUUGAAGAACAAGUUUAGCAGGGUUUAUUCAGCUCCUCCUUCAGAGAGAUCCAAGAAGUUCUACAGAACUCCGCCAUCAAAAUAUGAGACGAUUGAUCAGGGAAAGGAGCUUGUAUUUCGAGUGAUAAGAAUGGGUUAUGAUGACAUAUAUUUGUCGAGCCCUGGAUCCUUAUCCGAAAAACAUGGGAGGGAGUACUUCAUCUGCACUGGGCCUGCUUCAAUGUUGGUACCAGUUACUGUGAACCCAGGGGAAGAGUGGAGAGGGGCGCAGGUUAUCGAACAUGACAAUCUUACAUAACUUGUAAUUACUUUCACUGUAAAGAUAUAUGUCUUUGUAAGUUGUAAUAUGGUUGGUUUAUAAUUUGAAAGGAAUUAAAUUGGCUUCAGAAAUUAUGCAUCCAAGUGAUUUUCUGGAAGCUUAAGUGUUACAUUAUGUACAGCAGUUUGAACAAUCUAGACAUCAGCCAGAAAGGAUUGUCCAGAAAGACUAUUGUAUUGGAAACUAA